CGUACUUGAGAGUUGGGGAAGAGAUGAGUAUCUCACAUUGAGAAAUUAAUGAGGGAGACCCCGCUCUGUCCGCGGUGCGCAUUCAGCCGGGUUCCUGGAAACUCUGCCUGGUGUAAUUUAUUCCUCUAAUCAACAUAAUCUGAGGAUGUUUCCACUCCUUGCCCUGCUGAUCCUCUACCAGCCAGUAGGGGGCACCACCUCACCAAUUACCUGCUACAAUGACCAAGGGGAUGCUGUUGAUUGGUUUUAUCUGUACAAACUGCCUAAACAUCAUGGCAGUGGAACGCCUUACAACGGUCAGAAGUAUUUGCUGAUGGAGAGAGGGAGCGAGGGCUGGACCGAUGGGAAGGUGAUGGUGAACGACAGCUCGGGAGCCCUGGGCAGGACGGUCAGCCAGCUGUACACGCAAGGAAAGAGCGGGGAGGUGGCGUACAUCCUCUACAACGACCAGAGGCCACCCGUGUACCUUGGUGACAGAUGGGUGGACGAUAGUGGCAACAGAGGGGGGCACACGAAAGGUGUGGUGCUGCUGGAUAAAAAUCAGGGCUUCUGGUUGGUCCACAGCACCCCCCACUUCCCCCCCGUGAAGCGAGCAGGACAGUACUCGUACCCCAGCACCGGUGUGACGAACGGGCAAAACUUCAUCUGCGUCACCUACCCGCUCGAGCGUUUCCAGACCAUCGGAGAGCAGCUGCAGAUCAAUCAGCCUAAUGUGUACGACUGCGACGUCCCGCAGUCCUUGGCGUCCGUGGUGCCCGCGCUGGCUGCCGUCUGCACGAAGAGCCGCUCGACCAAUGACAUCUUCCCGCACUCCAAGCCCGUAGCCAAUCGCAGCGUGACCCUGACCUCACAACAUGGCACCGACUUCAUCAGCUUUGCCAAAGGAGCCUCUUUUAAUAACGACCUGUACCACUCCUGGGUGGCCCCGACCCUCCAGUCAGACCUCCUGGUCCAGUUCUGGGUUCGCUCCACAGGGGUCCUCCCCUCCGACUGCUCCCUGGGCUGGAAGGUCCUGGACAUCACGCUCAUCUCACCGGGGCAGACAUUCACCUUCAAGACCAGCCAGGAUCACUCCAAGUGGGCGGUCAGCGUCAAGCCGGCGAGGGACGGCGCCGGGGGUUGGGUGUGUGUGGGCGAUAUAAACCGCAACGAGGCGGAGGAGAAGCGGGGGGGCGGCACGGUGUGUCUGCGGGACCCGGUCGUGUGGAAGGCUUACCGGACGGCGGCGCUGGACUGUGAGAUGUGCGGAGGAGGAACGGGCAAGUGUGAUGUGAGCUGGAGCCAGAUGAGUUCAUCACAGGGUCAGCAGGACGUGGCUGAUAUGAGCUGAUAAGAGUGAAGUAACAACAGGUCUGUGUGUGUGUGUGUGUGUAAGGGAAGUAUUUGAACAAGUCUGACACAUACACAAUAUCAAUUUUGUUAAAUUAAUGGGGAAAUCAUAUGUAAAGGUGCUACAUACAGUAUUUUAACACCAAUAAAUCACUACCAGAAUGAUUUAACUUUUUAAUAUUCUCAGAUAAGUGAUAGUUACCCGAAUGAAGCAGCGCAAAACAGGAACUGCUUUAUUUUGCAAGAAAUGCACUAAGUUACCCGAGUUUCUCUGCCUUCACUGCACACCUCAAACUCCAUGUUCGGUUACCUCGCUAAGAAUGAACACUGGCUCUUUCAAGUCUGUCAUCGGCUCUUAUUGUCCUUCAAAUCAAUUGCACACGGAGCAGCAGCGGCCGGGUCAGGUAACAACACCCUCUCUGACAUAGGAGGCAACAGGAUAUGGGUAAUAUGCUGUGAACUUUGAGAAACACAGAGAGCUGCAGUGCACGUGGCACUUUGAAUGCAGCGUUGGUGCAGGGGUUACAACUACCGGGCGCUGGUAAGCACUUUGGGGAGACCGGCUGAGAGCUGCUUCACGAAUUUAGAGUUGGACUCAGUCUUUGCAAAGUAAAAUGAGCUGGUUUGAGGAUGUAUUUUUUUUAUUGGAGAGCUUAAGUUUUGCUGUUGGCAUUGUAUGCAGAGGGAUUUAAUGGAUGUUUUCAAAUGUGUUGGAGAAGUGGGAUUCGUUGCACCUCACAUUCACCAUGAGCUCCUACUGUAGUCGCUGACAACAUCCAAUUUUGAGAGAUGCUCUAAUACUCUGCGUUUCAUGGAAUGCUUGUGUUAUAUUAUGAAUUGACUGGCUUGGUGCGAGGGGGUAGGAUAUAAAUCUCAGGUGUUUUUGUCUGAAAAAUCCAUAAAUUUGACACCUUCUGAUGUUUUUGAUGUCUUAGUUUUUCUAGCCGUACUUUAAUUUUUUUUUUUUAAAUGCACUGAUCCAUUCAGACUUGUCAGCUUUCAUGUCAUGAUUUUGCUUGAAGCUGAAGAUGCUGGCUGUCUUGAGUCUGAAUAAAGAGACUAAAGCAGA